GUCUAUUGUAUACCUUUUAUAAUUAAAUACUAUAGAUUGGUAAUUUUAUUCGACUGUCUGGAGUGGCAAAUGCCUCCACUUUGGGUAAAAUUUUAACAAGGACAUUAUAAGGGCAUCUGGUAACACUGCUCACCUGCCACGGAAGAGGUUAUUGUGAAGUUCAAAGAAAUUUUUUUUUAUCCUUAUUUAUGUGAAUUAACGACACUUUUACGGGAUAAUUUCCCUUCCUUUUAAGAAAAUCAAGACACAUAAUCACUCGGGACACGAGGAAGACGGUAGGUCAUAUCAGAAGAACACUCCAGUAGUGAUGUCAACCAACAGGCAGUAGCACCAGCUGCAACAUCGAAUGAAGAAGUAAACAGCGUCAUCACAGAAGAUCUCACAGUUCCCAUUGAGGACGUACGUGUUUGGAUUGACCCCCUUGACGCUCCCAGAUAACAGGAGGAGUAUAGCAUGGAGUAGGAAAACCUGCGUCAGUAUGUGACGACCAUGGUGUGUGUUGCUAUCAAGGGUUUAGCGACCAUCGGUGUUAUCAACAAGCCUUUCAGCAACUUCAUUGCAUGGGGCUGGGUUGGGCAUGGGGUGUCACCCAAACUGCAAAUCUCUAAGGAUCAGUGGCCCCCAAAGAUACAGCCCCAUUUUGUCUCUCGCUCGCACACUGGAGACGUGGAAGUGGUGGCUAAGUCAGCGUUUGGGGAUAAAAAAAAUAUUACCCAGGCUGGUGGGGGCGGUGACCCCUUCCCUUAA